CGCAGGGCACACGGUGCGGCGGCACUGCUUCUUUGCCGCGUCAAACAGCCCUCUUCUAAUCGGACGGGCGACAGAAAGGACAAGUCGACCCACCGCCUGCGUUCGCAGUUUGACUUGAACAGAUGACUGAAGCGACUGGAGCGAAGAGGGGGCUGUGUCAGAGGGGCUCGUCCAUUGGCAAGGCCAUUAACAUUACUCCCCUCCUUCUCCGACUGAGAGCUGGAACCGUGUAGCGGUUCAUCAGCGCUACAGCAGAUUAUUGAGCAGCACCGAGAGACUUUACGGGCUAAUGGGAUUGACAAACUAACAUUUGCAGUAGCAGCUUUUCAGAGAGCAUGGUGCUGUUCAUAUUUGGCCGAGUUAUCGUGGAUAUGAAUCAUGUCUAAGCCCGAGAGGUUGACCAUCCAUCCUAAGCUGAGUUGCGUACUGUGAACUGCAACAACAUCAAACCUUGUGUUGAAAGCCUUAUUCUGACUCAUGUUCAAGAUGGUGAGUCACGCCCUCUCUCUCCCAGAUCAUCUCAGUGGAUAGCCGGCCACACAAAGCUGAAAGGAUCUCAGCUGGUAAAUAAAACCUUCUUCCCUCGCACAGUGUGGGAGAAACUGCCACUGUGGUGCUGGUGUGGUAUCUCUGUAGGCUGAUAACUGGAGUGAAAGCAGCGCUGAGCGAUCAUCUUUCACCCGGAGCCACUCACUUUUCAGGACUUGGCCCCAUAGCCGGCUGUCAGGGCAGCGCUGUCAGUGGGAACGCAGAGAGAUUCUCACAAUCGGCAGAGCAGCACAGAUGCAAGCAUCUUUCUUAUGAGACUGGAGUUUUAUCUAUGAAGGAAAAGUCAUGCUAUUGUUUGGGUGACCCUCGUACAGGAUUAAGACAUUUUUACUGACUUUUAUCUUUUUAUUAGCUGGUGCCCAGUGGGGCAGUGUGUGGUGUUGUUUCUUCAUCUUUAUGAGUUUUCAUCAUUGGGCGAGUGUAUCUGAGUGGCUGGGAGAUCCAGCAUGGCCAAGCCUCUGCUGAAGAUACAGCGCUACUUCCGCAGGAAACCUGUACGAUUCUUUACCCUCAUCCUCCUUUACCUGACCGCUGGGAGCCUUGUCUUUCUGCACUCUGGCUUCGUCGGAGACAAUGGCCCUGGAGCCCGAGGAGGCCGGGACUCUCUUAUAGCGUCGGAGAUGGGCAGCUGGGCUUCAUCGGACACUCGGGGGCUUGGCAUCAUGAGUAGGGUGUUUAAGGAAAAACGGAGAAGUGGACGGAGGUUUGGUCCUCCUUGGAUGAGGAAGGCCAGAAAAGAGGGCCAGGGGGUGGCGGGCAGGGGGGGAGACUACACCAGCAACUGGAACCGUGCACUUAAAGGACGCAAUGCCAAAGACCUGGAUGACGGAAGAGCAAAGUACAUUGGCUGCUACAUCGAUGACACUCAGAAAAGAGCUCUGAGAGGAGUUUCCUUUUUCGACUACAAAAAAAUGACAGUAUUUCGUUGCCAGGACAACUGUGCAGAAAGGGGAUAUAUGUAUGCAGGCCUGGAGUUUGGAGCAGAGUGCUAUUGUGGUCAUAAGAUCCAGGCGCCCAAUGCUUCAGAAAGCGAAUGCAACAUGGAUUGCAAAGGAGAGAAGACCAAUGUGUGCGGAGGACCCAACAGACUGUCCAUCUAUAGGCUGGAGCUGAGUCAGGAGUCAGCACGCCGCUAUGGCAGUGCCAUUUUCAAAGGGUGCUUCCACCGGCCAGACAACGUCACGCUGGCUCUCCCCAUCAGCGCGGUCAUCCAAAACAUGUCUGUGGAUAAGUGUGUGGACAUGUGCACAGAGAGGGAGAAAUCGCUGGCUGUCCUCGCUGGAGAUCUGUGUUAUUGCGGCUUCCCAACUCCACUCUUCUCCCUACAUGAGCUGGAGGAUGAGGGCAUGUGUCUCAAUCGGUGCCAAGGGGAAGAAUUUGAAAGCUGUGGAAACGACAAGUAUUUUGUCGUCUACCAGACCCAGGUUCAAGAUAACCGGUGCAUGGACCGGCACUUCCUUCCCACUCGUACUAAGCAGCUGGUGGCCCUCGCCAGUUUCCCUGGAGCUGGCAACACUUGGGCUCGCCACCUUAUAGAGCUCGCCACUGGUUUCUACACCGGCAGCUAUUACUUUGAUGGCUCCCUUUACAAUAAAGGAUUUAAAGGGGAGCGUGACCACUGGCGGAGCGGGAGGACAAUAUGCAUUAAGACACACGAGAGCGGCAAGAAAGAAAUCGAAGCCUUCGACUCCAGCAUCCUCAUGAUCCGAAACCCCUACAAAGCCCUGAUGGCAGAAUUUAACCGCAAAUACGGUGGACAUAUUGGAUUUGCUUCUCAGGCCCACUGGAGAGGGAAAGAGUGGCCAGAGUUUGUCAAGAACUAUGCCCCUUGGUGGGCGUCCCACACGUUGGACUGGCUGCAUUAUGGGAAAAACGUGCAUGUGGUCCAUUUUGAGGAUCUGAAGAGGGACCUGUUCUCCCAACUCAAAGGUAUGGUCCAGUUUCUGGGUUUGAAGGUUUCUGAGGAUCGCCUGCUCUGCGUCGAGGGCCAGAAGGAUGGGAACUUCAAACGGUCGGGGUUACGUAAGCUCGAGUACGACCCGUAUACUCCUGUAAUGCGUUCCAACAUCAAUGAACUGAUCAGAACAGUAGACGCUGCCUUGAAGAAAAGAAACAUGUCUGGGGUUCCAGAGGACUAUAUGCCAAGAUGAUAAAUGUGAAGACUUUGUUUUCCUUUAUAUUUCAUUAAUUUUCCUUUUUAUUUCUACAUAUCUUGUAGAAUUUCAUGAUUUAAAUAGAUUUUUAUUUCUGUUAGAUUUCUGUUAAGUCAUAUAUGUUGACACAUUUCAUUUUUUUAUUCACCUUUUUUUUUUUUUAAUUAAACUUAAGCAGCUUUGUGCAUUCAUAGAGUAGACAUGACAGUUUUAAUCGUGAAGGUUUGCGUUUCUCGAAUUUACUGAAUGAAAAGCACUCCUUAUCCUGCUCUAUGCACAUGUGCUAUGUAGGCAUGUGCACAUGCCUUAACACAAAGAAGCUACAGUAGCUGUGACUACAGAGAGGCUCCUCUGACUGUGCUGACAAAAGAUAUGAUACAUCACUGCAAAGUGUGUUCAAUGAGCUUAUUUUGUGAAAAAAAAGAGUCAAAACAUUAAUUUUCUUGCUGCUAUUACAGUUAUUUUCUAUAAAAAGGUCACUGAAAGCUGUAUCUCUUUGUUGAG